AUGUCUUAGAUAAGUAAUUAUACCUUUCUUUAAGAAUAAACAAAUAAUAUUUUAUCUUUGAUAUAUGUUAACAUUUAUGGAUGCUUAGAUUUAGAUGACUUAAAAACAACAAUUCCAGAUAAUUGUGCUAGCUAAAGUGAGAUAGAUGAGGUUAUAAAUGGAGGUUAAGCUGGCUUUACUAUGUUUUUAAAAGCAUAAUAAUAUAAUACAACUUCAAGACAGAUUCAGACAAGCUAUAGAUUUGUAGAGCUUUAUAGUGUAUCGAAUUUGUUCGUUCUAAGUUAAUUAAAGACUUAAAUUUAAAACACAGAAGUAAAAUAAGGAUUACUUUUUUAAGAAUAUUAAACUUAUUCUACACCCGUGUAAUACGAUUAGACAAUACAAAGCUUUGAUAGAUAACUUUCUUUGCAAUCGGGUCUUGGCCCAUACAUUCAAAUAUGUAUUUCUAUGGAUGAAACAGUGAAUCUAUUUUAAGAUAAAUGCUAAUAAGUGUUAUAGCAUAAUAAUUUGAUAAAUAAAUGUGAAAUAGUAUUGCAAAUUCAGAAUAUGGAAGAACCUAUAGCUGACAAGAGUGAACAAAAUAAUAUCACAAAUUUUGCUGAUCGUUUAGAUUCAGUCAACUCAUAAUAAAAUUAAUAGAAUUUGACAAAUAAAUUUAAAUUUGAUAAACUUGACAUAAUUUCAUAAAACGAAUCUCAGAAAGCAUCUAUGAUAAAUAGCAAAGUAGCUUUGAAAAUAAAGGAAAACUCAAUAAUUCAAAAAUCUUUGAGCAUACAAUAAGACAUAUCUAAAAAUGCUUACAAAACUAAAUUUUAAAACCAAAAAACGAAAAAAUCUUUCAUCGAUGCAAUAUCUUAAAAGUUAAAAGUUAAGGAUAAUAAUUCAAUUAAAAAAGCCCUUUAAAAGACUAUUUUUAAAUUUAGAUAUUGCAAAGACAAGGAAUAUCUUUUGUAAAAAGGUAUUGACUAGAAAUAAAUGAUAAAAAUUUAAAAAGAAGUAUUAAAGAAUUUAAAUAUUAAUGAACUCUUUAAGGAUUUAAUAUUUUUGAAGAAAGCAAUUAGUAUGCUACUGAGCUUAGACUAGAUAGCAGCUAUCUAGCUUAUUGGUUUGACAGAUAAUUAUAUGAAUCUUGAUUUAGAAAGCACAACUUCAAACAUUAACUUUGAUUAAUAGAAAGAAAAUUUAAACCAUUUUGAGAAGUAUUAUUCUAUUCAAUAAAGUAGUGAGAUAUAAAUUGAUUAUAUUCAAAAAUUCUUGACAAAAUUUGAGGAAAAUGAUGAAGUAAGCAUAAUCGAUUAAAGAAUUAUUUCAUCAAUUACAAACAAUAUUUGA